CGGAGCAGCCGCGCAAGGACAGGGGUCACGAUGACGCGUAUCUCUGUCCUCGCCGAUGCGCUGAAGACGAUGUACAAUGCCGAGAAGCGCGGCAAGAAGCAGGUGCUGCUGCGGCCCAGCUCCAAGGUGGUGAUCAAGUUUCUGUCGCUGAUGAUGAAGCACGGCUACAUUGGCGAGUUUGAGUUUGUGGACAACCACCGCUCUGGCAAGAUUGUGGUGGAGCUGAACGGCAGGCUGAACAAGUGCGGUGCCAUCUCGCCCCGCUAUGACAUUGCCGCCAAGGACAUUGAGGCCUGGGUGGGCCGCCUGCUGCCCUCUCGUCAGUUCGGCCACAUCAUCCUGACCACCUCUCAGGGCAUCAUGGACCACGAGGAGGCCAGGCGGAAGAAGGUGGGAGGCAAGGUUCUGGGUUUCUUCUAUUGAUUCUAGCCCGCAUCUUCCCCGACGCAAGCGCGGCAGCAGAGAAGGAGUGUGCUACGCAUGGCAGCGGGAGGCGAGCAGCCGCCGGCUGUCGGUUUGGGCAACCUGAUGAAACGCCCCUCGUCAGCGCUGCCACCUUGCUGCACUCAAAUUGCCACACUCGUGUGUGGUAUAGGUGUAACACACGCGCCAUA